AUGCAAGCCUUUUCAUCGCCUUGCUCGACAGAUGACGCGUUACCCGUUCGUUCGCAGAGUAAAAAGCCAUCACCUGCUGACUUUAUGUUUGGUACUACACUAGGUGAAGGUGCUUAUGCUCGGGUGGUGCAUUCACGUAUGAAGGAUUCAGGUGUUGAAUACGCUGUGAAAAUUAUGGAAAAGCGCUUUAUUCGCAAGGAAAAGAAAGUGAAAUUUGUCAUGAUGGAACGCAAAGUUUUCUCCAAGAUCUCACAUGAUCGUGUCGUGAAACUCUUUUUUACAUUCCAGGAUAGUAGUUAUUUGUAUAUGGUGAUGGAACUUUGUCGUGGUGGUGAGCUGCUUGACGUUAUCACUAAACAUCAAAAGGAACAAGCUGCAGCAGGAUACACAGACCGCGCGUGUUCGCUUGAGCUGACACGCUUUUACAUUGCUGAAGUUGUCGUUGCACUUGAAUACUUGCAUCAGAAUGGUGUAAUUCAUCGUGAUCUGAAGCCUGAGAAUAUUCUUCUUAGCGAUGAUGGUCACCUCAAGGAAGCGUCCCGCGGGUGUGAUUUGUGGGCUAUGGCUUGCAUGGUUUUUCAGUUGCUUGUCGGUCGACCCAUUUUCCGUGCAGAAAACGAGUACCUUACUUUUCAGCAGAUCUUAAAUCAUCCUGCCGAGGAUUUUGCGUACCCGCCAGGAUUCCCGCCGGUUGCAAAGGAUUUGAUCGAUCGCAUUCUCGUUCAGGAGCCAAACGGUCGUCUUGGUGCUGGCUCGGAUGAAGAAGGUAAUGGAUACCGAGCUUUGAAAUUGCAUCCAUUUUUUGAAGGCAUCGAUUGGAAUUCGGCUGGAUACACGCAGCCGCCUUAUGUGCCAGAGAUUGGUCGGCUACCACCUACUGAUUAUGAUGGUGCAACUGAAGAUUGGCUGUUUGCCGGUGUUGCGACCGAGUUGCAAGUUUCGUCGGGACUCGCACUGGACCCAUUGCCUUCUCCGGCCGAGCAUGUUAAUGUAGUGGAAGUGGCCCGUCAGAAGGCAGCAAUACCACCUGCCAUGCGGCGUACGAGCUCGUUGUGGAACCGAUUUUUGCUGGAUGAUGAGCUGAUCAAAAUGGGCGGGCUCAUUAGCAAACGCAAGGGUCUUUUUUCGAAGAAGCGCCAAUUAAUUCUGACUUCAAAGCCCCGUUUGAUCUACAUUGACCCGAUUAGAAUGAAGCAAAAGGGCGAGAUUCCAUGGUCGGGCAAUCUCUACGUGAAUUCAAAGAGUGCGACUGCGUUUGACGUCGUGACGCCAAACCGAGUGUAUCAUUUGAAUGAUCUUGUCAAUGGAUCAAAGAAGUGGAUUGAGGCCAUUAAUGCAGCGCUUGUGCAUGGUAUGUAA